AUGUGUAUCCGAGGCUGCCAGGCCAUUCUUGGUAUCGAGGCGUGCCAGUCUUCAGCGCCGAGGGCAAGCAGCCAAAGAAAAAGGGCGGAAGCGGCAAAAUCCACCUCUGAUUCCUGGGGCGACACGAUAAUUCCCAUCCUUUUCAAGUCCUUCGAAAUCGCCACAAAUGGGGUGAAAAACAUUGUCGACGGCUACAACACAUUCCGGAACGCGCAGGUUCACCGUGCAGAAACGAAGGUCAAUGGGCAGGCCAUGAGGGGUGUCGUCCCUGAUAUGAAGGCUUUCCUCAGGGGCCUGUCGACCUACGUCAAGCAGCGCAACGUCCUCGAGCCAAACAUUCCUGAUGGCAGCCAAUACUAUCGGCAAACUCCCGUCAUUCAUGGCGAACUCGAGGCCCAGACCGGUUUGGAAGCACCACGCAAGUUCGCGAGACAGGUCGACAUGACAAUCAGGGAACAAAUGGCCUCGACGCCGUCAGGCAGCACUCGCGACAUCUUUUUCCUCUACCACCCUGACACCGACCGGCACGGAGAGUUCUUUGACACCAGAAGCGUGAAAAGGGCACGAUUCCAUCUCAUCAUUCCCGCCUACCGGCCCAUGCUGAUCAUAGACCCCCUCAUUUUCCCCGAGGAGUUGUAUCCAUUGACCAUUCGCGGUCUGGUGCACAACUCCCAGCCCCUGGUCUGGUUCGACCUUCCGACUGCCGCGCCCGUGGUAGGGGUUCUGGCGGGGUCCGUCUGGCUCGGCGGUAGCGCCGGGGCAUUUCUCGGGGGGGCGGCGGUCGGUGACCGAGUUGAGAAGUUGUUCGACAGACCUGUCCCAUGA